AGGCGCGCAUGCGCGUCGCUGAAGGCUUUUUCGCUGCAGCUGCCGAAUCUCGUUGGUGACAUUAGGGGAACUCACUGGCACUCGCUCGUGGAAAGCGUGAGGUCGAUUUGGGGCUGUUACAUUUUGGGAAAAAAGAUAGGAUCCUGCGAGGGACAAACUCGUGAAGCCCGCUUCCUUUUCCCUUUCGAGAAUCAGCUGAGUCCAAGAAUAGCUCCCUCAUCUUGCUGCACCGAGGACCCUUCGUGGCUUCGCCUAACCGGCUUGCUCUGAGUCCCUAGUCUUUUCGUUCGGACGAAGCUGAUCUUGGGCAAGAAAACUCAGAGCCGCUGGAGCUGGAUUUAGGUUCUUGGAUUUAAAGCAAUACUGUGAGAAACUAUCUAAGUUUGUAUAUAAGCAUGGGAACCCCUGGCUCAGGAAGGAAAAGAACUCCGAUGAAGGACAGAUUUUCUGCAGAAGAUGAAGCCCUAGGUCAUAUUGCUAGAGAGGCAGAAGCACGCCUUGCAGCCAAACGUGCAGCCCGAGCGGAAGCAAGGGAUAUACGCAUGAGGGAAUUGGAACGCCAACAAAAAGAGGAAAAUUCUGAGAAGGCUAGCCAUUCAUGUCGGUCCAGCCGGCAGCCAUACCUGGGAGCUGGUGAUUUGGUAUCCUCUCAAAAUACUGGUAGUCACAGGGCAUCGUUAUGUGAUGAUGGAUUGUAUAAACGGUACAGUAAUCAUCCUCCUUCAGAAGAUAGUUAUUAUUCUUCAAGAGCAAGUUCAUCACGAAGUAGUCCAGUGCUUGAAGAGAGGACUGACAAACCAUAUUCUGAUUUAUACACAAGGCCAGCAUCUCGCAAUUCAGCAACCCCUAUAAGUGGAAAUUCUUCCAGACGAGGAAGCGGAGAUACAAGCAGCCUAGUUGAUCCUGAUACCUCAUUAAGUGAAUUACGGGAUAUCUAUGAUCUUAAGGACCAGAUACAAGAUGUAGAGGGGAGAUACAUGCAGGGACUUAAAGAACUAAAGGAGUCACUUGCUGAAGUUGAAGAGAAAUACAAGAAGGCCAUGGUUUCUAAUGCCCAGCUUGAUAAUGAAAAAAACAAUUUAAUCUAUCAAGUGGAUACUCUAAAAGAUGUCUUUGAGGAAAGAGAAGAGCAAUUAGCAGAAUACUAUAGGGAAAAUGAAGAAAAGACUAAGGAAUUGGAAAGACAGAAACAUAUGUGCAGUGUGCUACAGCAUAAAGUAAAUGAACUCAAGGAAAGCCUUUGCCAAAGAGAUGAAUUAAUAGAGGAGAACCAGCGCAUGCAGCAGAAAAUAGAAUCUAUAUCCAAAGAGGUGUUUGACCUCCAGGAGACAGUUAAUUGGAAAGAUAAAAAAAUUGGGGCUCUAGAGAGACAAAAAGAAUAUUUUGACUGCAUUAGAAUUGAGCGAGAUGAGCUCAGAGAUGAGCUGGCUAACCUGAAGGAAACAAUGAAGAAAGGAGAGAAACAUGGAUUAGUAAUAAUCCCAAAUUGUGAUAUUAAUCAUGAACCAGUAAUUGGUGCAAUUACAGUUGUAUCACAAGAAGCUGCUCAAGUUUUGGAAUCAGCGGGGGAAGGACCACUAGAUGUUAGGCUACGAAAGCUAGCAGGAGAAAAGGAAGAAUUAUUGUCACAGAUUAAAAAAUUGAAAUUGCAAUUGGAAGAAGCACAGCAGAAAUCCUCUAGGAAUGACAACACAAAUUCUGAUUUAACAGGACUGGAAAAUGGUUCUGAUUUGCAAUUAAUUGAAAUGCAGAGAGAUGCCAACAGACAAAUAAGUGAUUUCAAAUUUAAACUUUCAAAAGCUGAACAAGAUAUAACAACUUUGGAACAAAAUGUUUUAAGACUUGAAGGACAGGUGGUGAGAUAUAAAACUGCUGCAGAAAAUGCAGAAAAAGUAGAAGAUGAACUGAAAGCAGAAAAGAGAAAACUUCAGCGAGAGUUAAGAACAGCAUUGGAUAGAAUAGAAGAGAUGGAGAUGACCAACAGUCACUUAGUGAAACGGUUAGAGAAAAUGAAGGCAAAUCGAACUGCACUACUAUCUCAACAAUAGAAAGGAAACUAAAGAAUGCACUGCUCCUUGAAAUGCUUGAGCUUAUUUUAAUACAGACUUUCCUUUGCAUAAAUUUGAAAAAAGCUAUUCAUUGUCUUUUAGUUUCAUAAUUAAGUGGCAAAUAUUUUAACUUGAGUAAAUGGGAAAAACCACUUAAAUCUUUGUCGGUGAUGAGUUUUAACAGCUUAAUUCAAAAAUCUGAUUGAACCCAAUAUUUAUGAUUGAUUUACUUUAUAUAAACUACUAUUUUCACACUUGUGAAAUCAGGUUUAUUCUCUGAAUUAGUUUCAACUGUUUUAAUGCUUGGUGCUUGGAAAGAGAUGCACAAAUUCAAGUGUAUGUUGCACAACAAGCUAGCCAAUUACAUGCUCAACAUCAAAUGGCACAAGUGCCUUUAAUAUGGUGCAAUGAGUACUUAAGAUAUUAGAACAAAAUAUAAUAUGGAAAUCAAAUACCAUUUAUUUUAAAAUACAAUCGGAGUCUUGUUUGCUAAAUUUUAUACAUUUUGAUGGAAAACACUUUUGUACAAUAUUUAAAUUUAUAUAAAAAUAGAAAUGACUGUAUAAAAUCUGCUUUAUUGCAUGGUGAUGCACACUUGAGAUUUCAAUUUUAAACAGAACCAUCCCUAUUCUUAAUGUAAGAAUAGUGAGCAAGAUUUGUUACUGUACAGUGUGUAAAACGUGAUAUGUGUGAUGCUUAAGUGUGGAGUGAAAUGUGGGUGGGCGAAAUGUGGCAGGUACAAACCUAUUAAAUGGACACUUUGCAUAGCAUGGGUGUGUCUUGUCUUAAUGUUCUCUAACAUUUUUAUUGUUUAGCUUUUUAAUGUGCUAAUUCUAAGAAUGUUUAUCCUCCAUAUAACUCAAAACAUUACAGACUAAAAAUGUUUCAGUUACUUAUUUUGAAUAAUAAACUUGACAGGAUAUAAUUAAGUAAAAGCUGUA